GCCUCUUAUCUGAAAAGCGCGAGAUAAUUGAGGGCGAUGGUGGCGAAGGACUCAACAAUCCAAACGGUCUUGGAUGGCCUUCACCUCACGCAGGCAACAUAGGGACAAUGUGGACGUUUGAUUCGAAUUGCAAUGCGCUAUUAAAACUAAUUUUUCGUGGCUGGCAUCGGCGUGAGGAUUUCACGGGUUUCGGCGGCACUUCUUCAGCUCUUGGAUUCACUUUCAUCGACUCCAUCUCCCACUUCAGCUCCUCACUUUGUAUUGGGGACGCCCAGAUCCCUGUGGGCGUUGCAGUUGACAUUGCGUCACGCAGACCAGAAAUUUGCCAACAGAAACGGUAUCAGCAGGCAGAUAUCAUUGCUCGACAGGAAUUGGUAGCAGCAAACCUACCAAUAUUGACCCUGAUGGCAAUUGCAAGUUGUCACAUUGAUGCUAAUGGAAACUUAGUGUAUCGGCCCCUCCCAGAAGCCUUUGUGUUUGGUGUGGCUGUUUUAAUGGAAGAAGUAAUGGUCGAAUUACUGACCCCACACUUCGACGAGAAGUCAAAGAGCUGGAAGAUAUAUUGCUCUUCUUGUCAUUCUGCUGCCUUGGGCGACCUGACGUUGGCUCGUGCACGACCGCAUUUUCUUUUCGUAAAAUUCCUCAACUUGAUGUCUGGGAUCCAUAUACACCAUCAAAAUGUAGCGCGGGCUCUGGCCGGACAUAAGUGGGACGAAGAUGUGUUGGCAGUGUUUUCUAAGCCAUCUGGCGACUAGUACUAGUUACACAAUUGACAGGAUGAAUCAAAAUGUUGACCUGACCCUUGACAAUUGAUG